AUGCUGUGUAUUUGGUGGGAUCAAAAGGGUAUUGUGUACUAUGAGCUGCUGAACCCAAACGAAACCGUUACUGCUGACCGCUACGAACGCCAACUUGACAAAUUAACAAAUGCUCUCACCCAAAAGCGGCCGUUAAUCGCAAGCAAACAUCAUAAGUCAGUUUGGCAGAUAUACGCUUCCGGAAUGCCGAAGAAGUGCGGAAAUGGGUGGAUGACUGGAUUGCCUCAGAAGAUGAAGACUUUUUUAGACGCGGAAUCAAUAAGCUACCAGAAAGGUGGCAAGAGGUUGUAG